AUGAUUGGGGAAGGAGUAGAAUUACAACAAAAAUCUUCAUACUGUCAGUCUCGAUUAUUCACAGCACUCGUCCCGUAUUUUAACAAUAUUGGUAUAACGAGUGAUAGUAAUCCUGCGAUCGGUAAUUUUAAUACAUAUGGAAACACUUAUUCAGCUGAAAAACUUGCUACACAAAAUAUCACGCCUGGAGCAAUUAUAAGUCUUGACGGAAUUUACUUUAUGUGGCCGAAUAUUUCGUCAGGAGAGAAUGAAAAUAUUGCAACAAAUGGUGAAAUAAUUAAUCUUACUGAUGCAUUCGGAUCAAAACUGGGUGUGUUUGGUGCUGGUACUCUAGCAGAUCAAAAUGGAUAUGCUAUCAUUACCUAUACAGAUAAUACCACACAAAGAUCUUUACUUUCUCUCUAUCACUGGAUAGAUCAAAAACCAGUACAAUCAACGUUUAUCACUUGGAUUACAGCAGCAUUAACAUCACGGACAUCCACGGAGCUCUCAAGUUUGCAGACAACUGCUGAAGAAGCCAUAAGUAAUUCCCAUUCGUCACGUAAUACAUAA